UUGCGUUCAUGGUUACGAUCUCUCCUGCAGUAACUUUCCAAUGUCUCGACUGCAAUGAAGUCCAACUCGACUGCCAAGGCGAUUUCUGCGUCCCCAUCGAAUGCACGACGUCAACAAUAUGUACAGGAUAUUGUUUGGUUGCUACAUUCCAGACUACCAAUGGAUCUGACCCUUUGAAUCAAAACAUCAUUGGAAUGUUCUCCUGCAUCAAUGAUACCAAUCCUGACAUAGUGGGAAAGAAACAUUGUCAGGUAGAGCUAGAUGAGUAUAGUUACUCAUCGGAAGGAUCUUAUUCAUGUACCUGUGAUAGUGAUGUCUGUAACAAGGUAAUAUACAUGUCAGAGGCUACUCUUCCUGAAGAACCUACGGUAUCAUCACCUUCCAGUGAGGCUACAACCAAAACAAGCAAUUCACCAGUUAAGAAUACUGAUCCAGAUAGAACAGAAGGAGGUACGAAGGAUCAGCUGUUGGAUCGUGAGAUUCUUGUCAUCGUUGUAUGUUCAGUUGUACCAGCAGUCCUUCUCACUAUCGUAAUUGCUGUUGCCGGAUACAUCCACAUCACUCGAUACCGACAACCAAUGAUGGAUGAGCUACAUACACAGACCCAGACAAGUAAUACAGAGAGUACGAGUAUUGAUAUGACAACUGAUGAGAGCGAGACAAAGCGAAUUGGAGAAGACAGCCCUCCAGAUAGUCCACUUCAUCUCAAUGGAAACUACCUUCCAAUUACUCUAGAUGAACUCAUUGGCAAGGGACGCUUCGGUGCAGUGUGGCGCGCCAACUGGAAAAUCAAUAACGGUACAAAAGAGCGCACCGUAGCUGUCAAGGUCUUCUUCGAAUACGACUCAGCAUCGUGGAACGUCGAAAAAGAACUUUUUACCGACCACUCGGUAAUGAUGCGACAUGAGCACAUUGUGCAGUUCAUCUCAGCCGAAGUCCGUCGUGUUAGCGUGACAAGUCCGACGCGUCAAUAUUGGCUUAUCACAAAAUACUACAAGAAUGGUUCCCUGCACGAAUACCUGCGGCAACGUACAGUGAAUUGGAUCGACCUCUGUAAACUAUGUGGUUCUGCAGCCAGAGGAUUGGCACAUCUUCACGCAGAGACGUAUGGCUCUCAAGGAUUACACAAGGUACCAGUUGCUCACAGAGAUCUGAAAAGCACUAAUAUCUUGGUGAAGGAUGACGGUACAUGUGCUAUUGCUGACUUUGGUUUGGCUAUUCGACUAGAUCCUCAGUCUUCAACGGAUCAGCUGGCUAAUAGUGGUCAAGUUGGUACACCGCGAUACAUGUCACCUGAGGCCUUAGAAUGUAAGGUAAAUCUUCAGGAUAUUGAAUCAUUCAAGCAGAUGGACACCUAUGCCCUGGCUCUUAUCCUAUGGGAGAUCACCUCAAGGUGUACAUUACUUAAAGACAUAAAUGAAUACGAGCUUCCAUUCAGCGGUAGUCUUGGUGACCGUAGAGCUAGUCUGGAGAUGAUGAAGACACUUGUAGUACUGAGGAGAGAAAGACCACCAAUUACAGACGAAUGGCUCAGAAAUCCAGGUCUAACGAUCAUCAAGAACACAGUGGUUGACUGUUGGGACGAGGAUCCUGAGGCUCGAUUGACAGCAUCGUGCGUAGAAGCAAGGUUCCAAGAGCUCAUCAUGUGGCACGAGGGAGAACCACACGCGCAGUCCUUUUACACAAACAAAGGAAGAAGAGGCAGAACCACUUUAGUUUAAAAAUAAAAAAUAAAAACAAUUGAGAUGGAGCCUUGAAAAGCGCCAAUCUUGAUCAGUGACAAAUGUUGUGUCAUUGGUAAUUCUGGGCCAUUAUUACCUAUUAUCUUCAUUGCUUUUUUAAAAAGCCAGGCCAUGAAUUCAUCGUAACGGUCUCAACAGAACAUUUGUAGGCUCAUCGUUAUGCUCUAUUAUGUGCGGAAAUAGAAACUCGUCAACGGGCAAACAACUCAAAGCAACGCAAUGUUCAAGACCCUUUUUCGCUGAAGUCGCUGCAAUUGGCAACCUCGGCGUAUUCCGUUCUUUCCAGACGCAGUCACCAUUAAAUUGUCCUAUGGCCAGUCUACGAACAAAAUUCAAAUAAAAUGAGAAGUUGAUAAGAAUAUCGAUGAGUUGGAUAAUAUCCAAUGUAAAUAUAUUUUCGAGCACAUCCCUUCUCCUUUGAAUAUCUGACGACCGGUGCGGCGAUGCGAUACACAUUUGCAUUUGACAUAAAAAUUUUACAUCACAGAACAAUCAAAUUUUCGAAGGAUGCUAAAUUCGGACAGAAUUGUGAAACCAAAUAAUGGAGUUUAUAGAAACUUUGCGUUUAUUCAUUUUGGCCUUGUUAAUGUGACUCCAUUUCUACAUUGUCACAGUCAUAUUGAGUUUUCUGAAUAUAGAAACCUGGCGGUAUCAUAUACGGGUGAUUUUGAAAAAAAAGAUCACUCAGCUUAAAAUAUGCUUGCAUGAUAUUUUCAGAUAUUCAGCACCAUAUUACUUGUGUCCGAUCAUGAAGUUCAUAACAGAGCCUUUGAUAACCAAUCGUUUACCGAUUUAGCUGGUGCCUUAUUCCUGACAGUAUUAUUAGACGGAAUUUAUCUCCAAGGGACCCACCUACUGCGAGGAAGGCCUAUGCAUAGGGUAUUUAAUGAUGCGAAUCAGUGGCAGGAGCCUAUCUACUUCUGCGUGGUAGGCCUAUACAAGGGACCCAUCUACUGCGAUGAAGGCCUAUGCAUAGGGAAUUUAAUGAUGCGAAUCAGUGGCAGGAGCCUAUCUACUUCUGCGUGGUAGGCCUAUACAAGGGACACAUCUACUGCGAUGAAGGUCUAUGCAUAGGGUAUUUAAUGAUGCGAAUCAGUGGCAGGAGCCUAUCUACUUCUGCGUGGUAGGCCUAUACAAGGGACCCAUCUACUGCGAUGAAGGCCUAUGCAUAGGGCAUUUAAUGAUGCGAAUUAGUGGCAGGAGCCUGUCUACUUCUGCGUGGUAGGCCUAUACAAGGGACCCAUCUACUGCGAUGAAGUCCUAUGCAUAGGGUAUUUAAUGAUGCGAAUCAGUGGCAGGAGCCUAUCUACUUCUGCGUGGUAGGCCUAUACAAGGGACCCAUCUACUGCGAGGAAGGCCUAUGCAUAGGGCAUUUAAUGAUGCGAAUCAGUGGCAGGAGUCUAUAACUUUGAGGGGCACUUAUGGCGGAUGGGGCUAUAGUUAUAAAACGAUGCGAACUAACACAUUUUUUAUCUUUUUAAUACAAAUCUGUUGUGAUAGAUUUUGAGAUACUAUUCUGAAAAUAAUGUUAUAUCUCAUUCUUUCCCUUUCGUUCCUUUCUCGGUUUUUUUUUCUUUGUCCUGAAUUUUUUUGGGGGCCGGCCUCCGAAGCACCCCUACCCCCCCCCCCCACUCUCUACGAUAGUGAAGCAAAUCAUUAGUAAACCACUACUCAGGAUGUAAGAAACAUUUGCAUUUUUUCUUACCUUUUCAAAUUUACUGUUUAUGAAUUAAAUACGACUUAGAUCUAAACAAGUAAGACAUUUGUACGCAUGUUCGUCAGCAUACUCUGGAGUCGUUUUAAUAAAUUGACUGAUUUAUUGAUCAUUUGUUCUAACUGCAUACGGGAAAUGUGCGUCUCACUCGUGCAUUUCAAAUACAAACGUUUACACAAGAAAUGAAGCUAACAAAUGAGAUGACAAAUAUAUAUCAAUUACAAGUUAGCAGAAAUAGUCUACUUAAUUAAAGCAGGGUUUAUUAUGUUCUUGUAAUUUAACUAUUGAAUUAACAAUCCAAAUCAGCUAAAAUCGAUGUAUACUUCCAAAUGUUACACGACCAUAACUAAUAUAAUUUAUAAAUUGAUCUUUCAGAUCAAGGCAUAAGAACAACUUUCGUCUCUGAAUGUGAUCAGUUAUUUCAAGGAGACUUUAUUAACACAUCUCUAUAUAGAUAAGCCGUUAGUAUGAGAGAUGAUAAUAUUCACUUUCACCAUUCAGUUUACCAGUCCAAUUUCAUUUUAUUUGUCAUUACUCACAAUCUGAUGUUGUUUGAUACGAUACAAGGUCGUAAUAUUUAUGUGCGAAUUCUUCUGCAAUAAAUUCAAAUUGGUGCCUUUUGGGUAGUAUACCCUAUAGCGAUGAAAAAAAAAUCGGUUGUAAUUUCAUGAUAUGUAUAUAUUAUGUAAAAAAAAUAUAAGAAUGACAAUAGUCAUGUUUAUUGUGUAUGUAUAAAUUUGGAUUGUAUAUUUUUCUUUAAUCGUGCUUGCAUAUUUUAACGUUUGUAAAUGUUUAUAAUAAAUUGCAUGCAAAUUUGUCAUUUAUUACAUGUAUUAGCUUACAGGUAUUAAAAGUAGUUAUGAAUAAUGCUCUGAUAGAAAAUAUGGUGCUACGUAGAUUUAAGACCAAGUUAAUCGUUAAAAAAAAAUUUAUUCUUCAAUACAUAGUCGAUAUCAUCUUCACUACAAAGUAUGUUGGAAUUUUUUAAAGUAAAUUGAUUGAAAAUUAUAUCAGUUUAUUAAACAUUUAUUCAUAUUCCAAUUUUAAAAUUUAGAAUUUAAAAUCAUCAGCAGGAUUAAUUUAUCAACAAAUCGAAAUGAUAUGAAAUGAUUUGUAAAUAUUGUAUUUGAAUAAUUUUGAUCAAAGCAAUUGUUUACAGAAGAAUUAACAAUAACAAAUACUUAUAACUUUAAGAGUCGCCAUUUUUAAUUGUCAUAGAAGAAUAAUUCAACAUACUCAAAAUACGGCAGUUUUUACGAUGUGCCUUUGACAAAGAAACAAAAGAUCAAUAUCGUCAAUUGAUAACUGAUAUUGUAAAGAUAUUGGUAAUUUAUGACCAGUUAAUAUUUGUAUAUUUUGAAACAAGGUGCAAUAUUUGAUAUAUUUUACGUGUUGAUAUAACCAUUAUAUUUGUCUACACAUAGCUAUGCAAGGAAUAUUUUCUAUUACCUUCAUAAUCAUGACAUAAAAUAGGUUACUUCUUUUCAGUGACUUUAUUUGAUGAAAAUACUUAUGCAAAUCAGACAAUUCUACACGUAACACAAGAACUAUGAGGCUAUAUCGUUGAUUUAAGUUGUAUACUGAUGUUCGAUGUCAGUGAUAAAUUAUGGUUUUGUACAUAAUUCUUUAAAUAAAGAAAAAUUUUGAGGUCUGGAACCUUGGACUUUGUUA